GAAAAGAUAGGAGGGGGAGUGCAUUAAACUUGUCCUGGGGACGAGGUAUUCAUUUUUGCUUGCCAGGGGUUCUUUCUAAUACCGACAUUUUUUUAUUGUAUCGACAAUGUGAGAAUUUGGAAACAGAUUUGGAAACAUUUUCGGUAAAUUUUAGUCGAAACUUGUUUGUUAAAAAGCAGAUCCUGUUGGAAACUUGAACAACGCAAUUUUCCGACAUGAAAGUAGCUAGUACAGAGUCUUUAAAGGUCAUUUUAAAGCUGUGUUGCUAUAUAAAAAAAUUUUCAUUUAGUUUUUUUAGAAUUAGGGAUUUUAAAUUUGUUUUUUUUUGCAGGAUAAAAAAAAGAAAACAAUACAAGAAAUGGAUAAAUAUUUUGGAUUUGUUUUUUUUAUGUUAACAAUCGCUGUGAUUGAGAUGAGAAGUAUUGAAGAUGGUUUGCUUUACAAGAAUGUGAAGAUACCAAAAAAUUGGAAAACAGAUGAUAGAUAUUCGUUUCAAUGGAAAGGAGAUUAUACUUACGGUAUACCCGAUGAUUCAAAAUGCGAAAAAGUUAUCGUGCCGAAAUACGGUCGAUUUGUCUGCGGCCCAAAAAAUUCGGGUCGGAUUAUGUGUUUAUGUCAGUGUAUGGAGGGAUACGAAAUCGCUGGGAAACCGAUGAUAUAUCUUUGUAAAGAUGAAGGAAAAUGGCUCGACAUAAGACACAAUGAAAUUCCAACUCCUCAUCCAGAAUGCCAAAAAAUCGAAUGAGCGUCUCAAAAAGGCUGGGAAUAGAUGCUCAAAACAACAGCGAUAAAAAUAGACUUAAUCCUUAGACAUUAGUCAACUUAAGUUAUGUUAAGUAAAUAUAUUUCAGCAAUUAAACGGA